UAUUUAGCGGCACGCGAGGCCACGCCCCAAAUCGGAAGUGACGGAGACGAGCUAGCGCGUCGAAGCUACCUCUAUGGUUUUCCUCUCGUUCUUGAGUCGGGAAAUGGCCGCUGUGUAGUUCCAACGGAGAUAAACCCCAGGAACCGUGCUUUGGCGUGUCAGGAAUCUGAAGCUAGAGUUUAACUUCUCAGAACAUUCUCUCCAGGAAGAAUUUUACAGUCUUCACUUAUUGAUCCUGCAUAAAGCCCAAGGUUGUAUAUCUGCUUCUUCUACUUCUGUAAACACAUCUACUAAAAGACUCAGAAUAUACAAAGCUAUUUAAAAACAAAACAAGACAGAAAGACCCUGCUACUUAACCCAUCUUCCCUCAUGCAGUCAAGAGGAGUACAAUAACUUUUUUUCUCUCCUUUGAUGUUAAGGGAGAAAUGGGUCGCUCCAAUUCUAGAUCACAUUCUUCAAGAUCGAAGUCUAGAUCACAGUCUAGUUCUCGAUCAAGAUCAAGAUCACACUCUAGGAAGAAGCGAUACAGUUCUAGGUCUCGUUCCAGAACAUAUUCAAGAUCUCGUAGUAGAGAUCGUAUUUAUUCUAGAGAUUAUCGUCGGGAUUACAGAAAUAAUAGAGGAAUGAGACGACCUUAUGGGUACAGAGGAAGGGGUAGAGGGUAUUACCAAGGAGGAGGAGGUAGAUAUCAUCGAGGUGGUUAUAGACCUGUCUGGAAUAGAAGGCACUCUAGGAGUCCUAGACGAGGUCGAUCACGUUCCAGGAGUCCAAAAAGAAGAUCUGUUUCUUCUCAAAGAUCCCGAAGCAGAUCUCGCCGGUCAUAUAGAUCCUCUAGGUCUCCAAGAUCAUCGUCUUCUCGUUCUUCAUCCCCAUAUAGCAAAUCUCCUGUGUCUAAAAGACGAGGAUCUCAGGAAAAACAAACCAAAAAAGCUGAAGGGGAGCCCCAAGAAGAGAGUCCUUUGAAAAGUAAAUCACAAGAGGAACCGAAAGAUACUUUUGAACAUGACCCAUCUGAAUCUAUUGAUGAGUUCAAUAAAUCAUCAGCCACAUCCGGUGAUAUUUGGCCAGGCCUUUCAGCUUAUGAUAAUAGUCCUAGAUCACCCCAUAGUCCUUCACCUAUUGCUACACCACCUAGUCAGAGUUCAUCUUGCUCUGAUGCCCCUAUGCUCAGUACAGUCCACUCUGCAAAAAAUACCCCCUCUCAGCAUUCACAUUCCAUUCAGCAUAGUCCUGAAAGGUCUGGAUCUGGUUCUGUUGGAAAUGGGUCUAGUAGAUAUAGCCCUUCUCAGAAUAGCCCAAUUCACCACAUCCCUUCACGAAGAAGCCCUGCAAAGACAAUCACGCCACAGAAUGCUCCAAGAGAUGACUCUAGGGGACGUUCCUCCUUUUAUCCUGAUGGCGGAGAUCAGGAAACUGCAAAGUCUGGAAAGUUCUUAAAAAGGUUCACAGAUGAAGAGUCUAGAGUAUUCCUGCUUGAUAGGGGUAAUACCAGGGAUAAAGAAGCUCCAAAAGAGAAAGGAUCAGAGAAAGGAAGGGCAGAGGGAGAAUGGGAAGAUCAGGAAGCACUAGAUUAUUUCAGUGAUAAAGAGUCUGGAAAACAGAAGUUUAAUGAUUCGGAAGGGGAUGACACAGAGGAGACAGAGGAUUAUAGACAGUUUAGAAAGUCAGUCCUUGCAGAUCAGGGUAAAAAUUUUGGUACUGGAUCUCACCGGAAUACUGAGGAGGAAGGACCCAAGUACAAGUCCAAAGUUUCAUUGAAAGGCAAUAGAGAAAGUGAUGGAUUUAGAGAAGAAAAAAAUUACAAGCUUAAAGAGACUGGAUAUGUAGUGGAAAGGCCUAGCGCUACAAAAGAUAAACACAAGGAAGAAGACAAAAGCUCUGAAAGAAUAACAGUAAAGAAAGAAACUCAGUCACCUGAGCAGGUAAAGUCUGAAAAGCUCAAAGACCUCUUUGAUUAUAGUCCCCCUCUGCAUAAGAAUCUUGACACAAGAGAAAAGUCUACCUUCAGAGAGGAGAGCCCACUUAGGAUCAAAAUGAUAGCCAGUGAUUCUCACCGUCCUGAAGUCAAACUCAAAAUGGCGCCUGUUCCUCUUGAUGAUUCUAACAGACCUGCUUCCUUGACUAAAGACAGGCUACUUGCUAGUACACUUGUCCAUUCUGUCAAGAAGGAACAAGAAUUCCGAUCCAUCUUUGACCACAUUAAGUUGCCACAGGCCAGCAAAAGCACUUCGGAGUCAUUUAUACAGCACAUUGUGUCCUUGGUUCAUCAUGUUAAAGAGCAAUACUUCAAAUCACCUGCAGUGACCCUAAACGAGCGGUUUACUUCGUAUCAGAAAGCCACUGAAGAACAUAGUACCCGCCAAAAGAGCCCUGAGAUACACAGGAGAAUUGACAUCUCUCCAAGUGCCCUGAGGAAGCAUACCCGUUUAGCAGGGGAAGAGAGAAUUUUUAAAGAAGAAAAUCAAAAGGGGGACAAAAAAUUAAGAUGUGAUUCUGCUGAUCUUCGGCAUGACAUUGAUCGGCGUAGAAAAGAAAGAAGUAAAGAACGGGGGGAUUCCAAGGGCUCCAGGGAAUCCAGUGGAUCAAGAAAGCAGGAGAAAACUCCAAAAGAUUACAAGGAAUACAAAUCUUACAAAGAUGACAGCAAACAUAAAAGUAGAGAGCAAGAUCAUUCUCGAUCUUCAUCCUCUUCAGCAUCACCUUCUUCUCCCAGUUCUCGAGAAGAAAAGGAGAGUAAGAAGGAAAGAGAAGAAGAAUUUAAAACUCACCACGAACUGAAAGAAUACUCAGGCUUUGCAGGGGUUAGCAGACCACGAGGAACCUUUUUUCGAAUUAGAGGCAGAGGAAGAGCCAGAGGAGUUUUUGCUGGGACAAAUACUGGUCCAAACAACUCAAAUACUACUUUUCAAAAGAGACCGAAGGAAGAGGAAUGGGAUCCAGAAUAUACCCCAAAGAGCAAGAAGUACUUCUUGCAUGAUGACAGAGAUGAUGGUGUGGAUUAUUGGGCCAAAAGAGGAAGAGGUCGUGGUACUUUUCAACGUGGCAGAGGGCGCUUUAACUUCAAAAAAUCAGGUAGCAGUCCAAAAUGGACUCAUGACAAAUACCAAGGGGAUGGGAUUGUUGAAGAUGAAGAAGAGACCCUAGAAAAUAAUGAAGAAAAGAAGGACAGACGCAAGGAAGAAAAGGAAUAGUAAAUCUGAAGUAAGAUUGCAACAGAGAGCAGACCUUGCACCCGCCAUUUUUUUUUUACCUGAGUUUUGUUUUCAAAUAAGAAUGUAAGCAUUUUACUUAAAUUUUACUGUUUGCAAGUAGUCUGUAGAAAUUUUGUUUUAAGUCUUCAAAUAUCUUGAAAAAUAGUAGACUGUAUGUUGAAAAUUGUACUGAAAUAAAGUAGAAAAUUGUUACGUACCAUAUUUGUAACUAUCAACUUUUAAAACAAACUUUUACUGUUUUUGUUACAUGCAUUGUAACUGCUUUGUCUAUAAGAUAUGGUCAAGUACAACUCUGUGAAAGUUCUGAUUCUCUUCCCUCCCUGUUUGUUAAUGUUUUAUUCUGAAGUAAACGUUAGCGCUACAUACAAAUCCCUGAAGAAAUUGUUUAUAGAGACCACACUAAUUAUUUUAACUAUAUCCAUCUGUUUAACAUCUUCCUUUAUUUGAACACACUACAUUGUAGGGUGACUGAUUUUGAAGUAUACCACAGAAAAAAGUUGUUACUUUGAUAAACUAUUUUAACACUUCAGCAAAUGUUUAAGUGGGGAAAAAAGCUUUGCCAAUAGCUAAAAAGUACAGGUUAGUAAAAAUUAGAUUGAAAAGUUUGAAAAAUGUUAUUUUUACUGAAAGCAAGCAGUGGCCUAUAAAAACAUUUUUAGGAGCCUUUUCUAUUUGGGUUCAAAAGUCAGUGUUCUCUUUAUUUGUUCUUGAUAGUUUGAGUCAUGGUCUUGGAUGUCAGCUAUUUGAGAAAGGAAACUGAUUUGUAAUAAUACUGCAAAUAAAAUUUCCAGCACAACUGAACAUCAUAGUAUUAAUGAACAGAGCAAAACCUAUAAUCCUGGUGUUGGUAUGGAGUAUUAUCCUUCAGAAUAAUUUGACAAAUUAGCAUAUGAUUUCAUAUCUUCUAUAUUUAUUUGACCUUUUGGACAGCUGACACGUUGGUUUUUGUAGCGCAUCCAUGAGAAAAAAUAGACAACCGAUAGUUCUUUAGUAAUAUUUGAAGUAAUUUUUUUUAAAGUUUUACCAAAAAAAGUUUUGGUAGGAAGCUUGUUGCAGGCUUAACUUAGUUUUUAUUUUUUUUCCCUGUUUCAGUUGCAGUUUGUAAAUUGGCUUUUUUCUGUGUCUUCCCAAAGGUUCUAUUUGUCAGGUAGAUAAUCUUUCAAAUGUGAAUUAUCUUAUGUUUAUUUUGAUGGCUGUUAAAGGAAUGAAAAUUUGAGCUAUAAAAUUCACUGUUGUCUUUUUUUAUGAAAAUACAUAAACUAACCUACAUUUCAUUUGAUAAUUCAGCAGCUGAAUUAGUUGUAUAUGUUUGCAUUUAAAAAAGAUAAUGCUUAUUCUGUUGAUGUGAACUUUUAAAGAUCUUUAAGCAUAUGACUCUUUCAUCUAUGAAUAUGUCUCUAGCAUCUUGAUUACAGCCAGGAACAUUUGCUAAGAGUUAUUGGAAACUAAUCUAAAACCAAAUUCAGUAUAUGUGAUAUUUAUGGAUUAAGAGUCCUAUUGCAUGAUUUCCCCCAUUAAUUUUAUGUUUCUAAAAUUGUUGAUUAAAGCCAAGAAAAUACCUGCCAAAGAAAGUAUGUGUUGCAUUAAUCAGGACAUAACUAAUAUUCUCCUAUUCAGAAUUAAUACUUAUUUGUUAAAGCAAGAUGUAUUUAAUACCCCAAAAAAGAAUUUUCAUUACCAUUUUAUUUAUACAAAUAAACAUAGCUUUUUACAGAUAUUAUUUGAUUAGACACUGCAUCUGUAUGCAUGAUCAUAAUGUGCAGUUCUUCGUUUUCCAUUUAAGACAAUAGGAACGUUUUCCAUUUAAGACAAUAGGAAAAGAGAGAUUUGCUUAUAAAUUACUUAAUAGGGAGUUGGGAAUGAAGUUACUUUGAUCUUAUAUUUUAAGUGUAAGUGCAUUGCUUUAACCUUUGGUUACUAUUAAUUCUCUUAAAAUGGAAGAAAGAAUAUCAUACCAAAAUGUAGUGAGGCAGGGUGGUUGUUGAGAACUCUGUUAUAGAAUGCAUUAUGAAUGUUAAGUUUCUCAGAACCAAACAAAUAAAAAGUAGUCUGUAUGUAUUUUUUAAAACCACAGUUUAACUCCACACAUUAUGACAUGCUACAAAAGCUGAAUGGUUCUCCUGACAAACACAUUUGUUUACAAGUGCCAGGAUAUAACUCUGAUACCUGCAUUGAUAGAUUUCCUUUUGCCCAGAGAAGGGAAGUAAAAAUGAACCAAAGGAUAUUUUCCGUAAAGGAUUAAGAAAGCUGUUUAAGAUGGCCAUGACUCAAUUCUUACGUGUGUAUUCUCAACAUCCUAGGAAUUUUAAUACAAAAAGCAAAGUAUGUUUUUCCAAUUGCAGUCUAUUUCAAGGAAUUGCUAUUGUUCCCUCUGUCACAGUUAAAAUCAGUGUUGGCAAUUAAAUUAUAAUUUGAGGAAGAAAGUAUCACCCAUUAAGAAUGAAUGUAGAUGGCUAAACGAUUCUUACUCAGUGUAAUGUAUAAUUUAACAGGGACCCUUGUAAAUUGUCAUAUGCCAAUAAAAUGUCAUAAGUGGUA